UUACAUUUUUAGCUGCAACAUACUAAGGAGGGAGAGGAGCUUUAGCGAGGAAGGUAACCCUGGUUUUGGCGCUGGGGGUCACUUGGAUAUCGUUCAGGGGUCUAUUGGUGGUUUGAAGACUUUGUCAACAAUGCCUGCAUACAGUGAAGACAAAUGUGUCGCUAAGAGUUCUCUUAUGCAGGAUUUUCGAGUUCAGUUGGAGAGUGACAACGGGGCCGUCCAGAACGGAACACGGAGGCCUACCAAAGAGACGCACAUCAUGGCUCGGGGUGAAGGAUGCGGGGACGGUUGCAAGAAGUGCGAGUGUAGCGGACGAUGCUGUAAGAAAUGGCUGAAGAACAAUUUGUUGCUGAUAUUGAUGCUGGUGUCCAUGGUGGCUGGGAUCGGACUGGGUGUUGGCCUGAGAUACGUAGAGCCCCGCCUCACUGACAGGGAUAUCAUCUACCUCAAGUUCCCCGGCGAUCUUCUGCUUCGGAUGCUCAAGAUGUUGAUUCUUCCGCUGAUUAUCUCGAGUUUGAUCUCUGGUUUGGCAGCUCUGGAUACCCGAGCGUCUGGCAGCAUGGGCGCUAAGGCUGUCUUAUAUUACCUCACAACAACCGUCUCAGCUGUGAUCCUGGGCAUCGUACUCGUGGUGUUGAUUAAACCUGGUGAGCAGAAAGGAGGAACUAUUGACCGCGUUGGCAGCUCAAAGAUCGUCAAUCCAGCUGAUGCUCUCAUGGAUCUUGUCAGGAACAUGUUCCCAGAAAAUCUUGUUCUAGCUUGUUUUAAACAGACUAAAACUGAACAGGUGCCAAUACCGACACUGGCUCCACCAACAUUGGCCUCAAAUGUCACAAUUUCUCCUAACGCCACGGACGCACCCAUGCAAUACAGACCAGUGACGGGCACGUCAGACGGCACCAAUGUCUUGGGUAUCGUGGUCUUCUCCAUCGCCUUCGGGAUGAUCAUCAGCAGGAUGGGUGAGAAGUGCCGCCCUCUGGUGGCAUUCUUUAGUGCAAUGAACGAGGCGGUCAUGGCGCUUAUUGGCCUGGUGAUUUGGUACUCGCCCAUCGGUGUACUCUUCCUUGUCGCCUCAAAGAUUGUGGAGAUGGAGAACAUAGAGACCGCCCUACAACAGCUAGGCCUGUAUAUCGCCACGGUUCUUGCCGGCCUUGCAAUCCAUGGAUUCAUCAUCUUGCCAUUACUCUACCUUAUAUUCGUCCGUAAAAAUCCCUUUAAAUUCGUAGCAGGCAUUUUGCAAGCUUUGGUAACAGCAUUGGCCACUGCCUCGAGCUCUGCCACACUUCCGGUGACGUUCCGCUGCCUGGAGGAAAAUCUAAAAAUAGAUCGCCGCGUGACCCGUUUCGUCCUUCCUAUUGGUGCAACCAUCAACAUGGAUGGUACCGCCCUCUAUGAAGCUGUCGCCUCAAUCUUUAUCGCCCAGGUCAAUGGAAUCUGGCUGAACAUUGGGCAGAUUAUAAUUGUUAGUAUCACAUCGACGGCAGCCUCGAUUGGAGCAGCCGGUGUGCCACAAGCUGGUCUUGUGACCAUGGUGAUCGUAUUAACAGCAGUCGGCUUACCAACAGAAGAUAUCACACUCAUUCUUGCCGUUGAUUGGUUCCUGGACCGCUGUCGCACCACUAUCAAUGUUCUCGGCGAUGCGAUUGGAGCGUCCAUCAUCGACAAGUAUUCACAGGCGACGUUGCGGAAACUGGAUGCGGAGGAUGCCGAGGGCGGGGAUGGGUUUGACUCGAUAGAUAAAAAUGGUUAUCCGAGUGAAGGGCACGACUAUCAUGGAUCUAAUGCGACUAACACCACAAACUUAUAAAUUGGUAAUCUUGAUUGAUUUAUUUUGUGUACAGUCAUUGACUGAUCAUCCGAGACAAUUAUAUGUGCAUUGUACAGUGUAUAUAUAUAUAUAUAGGCAGCCGAUGGCACAAUUCAAUGCAAGUUCUCAUAACAAACAGACACUGUUGUUCAAAUGGGAUAACGCACAAAGGAAUGGAGUGAAACGACUUUGAUCCGACUGAGAUCAACUUCUGUUCAGUUUGAAGCAUCGGUCGUCACAAACACAUGUAUCAAGUCUUGUAGUCCUCCUUUUACUAUAGCUGGGUGUUUCUGCGGUCCCAUCAUGUGUAGAUGUCUGCGAUGUAAUAAAGAUGUAAAUAAACUGUAUACAAUAAAAAA